UGGGCCUGUGGUCAUUCACAAUCCCACGAUCUGCAAGUACCGCAUCAUCAUCACCAGCUUGCCUUCAACCCAACGAGCCUGCAGCCAUGACCUUCAAUGGAACCUGGAAAGUUGACCGCAAUGACAACUAUGAAAAGUUCAUGGAGCAAAUGGGUAUUAAUGUCGUGAAGCGCAAGAUGGCAGAACAUGACAGCCUGAAAAUCACCAUUGAGCAGAACGGGGACAAGUUUCACAUCAAAGAGUCCAGCACUUUUCGCACCAAGGACAUUGACUUCACCCUGGGCGUCCCCUUUGACUACAGCCUGGCUGAUGGCACUGAAGUCUCCGGUACAUGGGAGAUGGAGGGCGACAUGCUGAAGGGUAAAUUCACCAGAAAAGACAACAACAAGGUCCUGACAACCACGAGAACUCUGGUGGGAGGAGAGCUGGUACAGAGUUACAACUACGAGGGAGUGGAUGCUAAGAGGAUUUUUAAGAAGCAGUAACCUGGAGUCUGCAGUUUUAUAUUUUAUUUUUUAUAUCGAUGGCAUGAUAUAGAUUUGAAUUGUUUUUGUCCGAGAGUCAGAAAAGUCAAGUGUAUUCUCAUGGGCUUCCACUGCAAAUUCCUCUAAAUGUCUUUAUGGUUUUAGUCGAUGAAUUAUGGUCCAGUGGUCUGCAGGAUGACCUCUGUGAAUACUUGAGAGAAUGUGAAUAAAAGAAUAGGCGAUUGAUGAAAGCAGAUAAAAGCAGGGGAAAACAAAAUGAAGGUGAACAUCUGUCAACAAGUGCCUUAAAAAAAGGAAAAUAAACACCCCACUACCACAAAAAACUAUAUAUUUCAAUUUGACUGUAGUGGAAGCAUCCACAUCCACAUUUUGAGAUUUCUAUUUCCUGCAGUAGAAGAGAAUACAAUUUUGUUUUCUGUUGUUUCUUCCUGUGGUUAAAAAAAAAUAAAGAAUGGUUGUGUUUGUGGAUUAUCCAAAUAAAUUGGUGUAUUGCAUAUUUGGGAUUGGGGUUUUUUUUAGUGGGCAUUUUUCAUAAAACUCUCAUUUUCACUGUAAGAAGAAGAGAUGGAUGACAGUUCAUUUAAUUUGACUGCACAUUAGCAGCAUUUAGUCCCUUCAUCACUGUGAGGAAACAGCAGCACAAUAACAAUCCCACACAAUAUGAAAAAAAAAUGUCAUUUUUGUGCCUUUAACCUGUUGGGAAACAUGCUGGUUUGCACUAAUGGCUCUUUGACUGUCUAGUCUAUAACAAUAAAGUGAUUUUAAUGAGUCA